CAUACCAAAAUUAUUUUCUUUUAUAAUUUAUAUUUCUAAUUAAAUUCGAUAACACGAUAUUCAUACAGUCCGACCAAUUUCAUUCGCGCCUAACAGCACAUAAAAGCAAACAUAUGUGCUACAUUUCGAGCUUCACAGUUAUAUUUUCAACACAAAAUAGUCGUGAACAAAAAUUGUAUUUGCAAUUCAUAAAAGUUUGGAAAAUGGUGGAACUAUGCAGAGUUUGCAUGGGAACGUCUGAAGCCUUCACAAACAUUUUCGAUGAGACAGAAAAGUGGGACACGUGCAUUGGUGACAUGAUUGCCCAGUGUACCGGGUACGUGGUUAGGCGAGGUGAUUCACUACCAGAAAACAUAUGUCCGCCUUGCCUUGAGGAUGCUGUGAAUGCAUUCAAUCUUACAAAAACCUGUGAGCAGAGCCACAAGCUAUAUUUCCCAGGGAUAGAAGAGGAUACAGAAGAAGAACUCUCUGAUAAUCAGGAAGACGAGGAUUGGAAAAUGUCCGGUAGUGAAGGCGAGCGGACCGAUAUUUCCGGUGAUAAAAAAAUACACACCCACGCUCAAACAGGGGAUCGAACCUACAAGUGCUCCGACUGCUCGAAAUCCUUUCAGCGAAAAUCCCAUCUCAUCGAACACACCCGUAUCCACACUGGGGAGCGACCAUAUAAAUGUAACCACUGUUCGAUGACCUUCUCACGAGCCGGACUUCUAAACGAUCACAUCCGAUUGCAUACAGGUGAUCAGCGCUAUCAAUGCUCAUACUGUAUGAUGCCUUUUAACAGCAAACAGCAUUUGGAAACACAUGUACGCACUCACACGGGAGAGCGACCGUACAAGUGCUUGCACUGCUCCAAGUGCUUUUCCCAAGCUGGAACUCUUGGGGUUCACCUCCGUACACAUACCGGCGAACGAGCGUACAAAUGCUCUGAGUGCUCAAAGUCAUUUAAACACGAUCAUGAUCUCAAAUUACAUAUCCGUACGCACACUGGUGAGAGAACCUACAAAUGCUCUGACUGCUCGAAAUCCUUUGAUCGAAAAUCCAGUCUUCAAAGUCACAUUCGCUAUCACACUGGGGAGCGACGCAACAAAUGUUCCGAGUGUUCAAAGUCGUUUAUCCAAAAUUACGAACUGAAAUUACACAUGCGUGUGCACACUGGGGAGCGACCGUAUAAGUGCAAUCAAUGUUCAAAAUCGUUUACACAGCGUAACACCCUCAAAGCGCACAUCCGAACUCACAGUGAUGAUCGACCUUUCCAAUGCUCUCAGUGCUCAAAAUCAUAUAAGCAUAAAUAUGACCUUAAUACGCACACUCUUACGCACACUGGAGGACAUAAGUACCAAUGCUCUUACUGCUCAAAAUCAUUUAAGCAAAAAUCUGGGCUCAAAGUGCACACCCGUUCGCACACUGGAGGACAUCCGUACCAGUGUUCUAACUGCAAAAAGUCCUAUAAGCACAAGCACGAUCUGCAAGUACAUACCCGUAGUCACACAGAUGAUCGACCCUUCCCGUGCUCUCACUGCUCGAAGUCAUUCAAACUUAAGCACCAUCUCACCGCACACGUCCUUACCCACAGUGAUGAGACUAGUUACACGUGUUCUAUCUGCCCAAAGACCUUUAAGCAAAGGUCUUCUCUUCUAAGACACACCCGCAAUGAAAUGUGUUCCAAGUGGAAGAAACACCUGAAAGACGGCCCUUCUAGUAUUUCCACUUCGAUUCCAGAUGUGGACGACCUUUAAAGAUGAAAAUGAAGCAAUUCAACAUACUUUCAAAGUCUAAUUGCGAUAGUCGAAGACAUAAUUCAAUUCUCGCCACUUGAUUAAGACACCCUAUUAAGUCAGUUUUCUAUCACCGAAAUUUUUAAAUUAAAUCUUAUUGUAUGAUUGUCAUUUGACUGGAAAAACAAUUUAGUUCUAAUUCUUAAAUGAUUUAUAAAAUAUUAUUAACGAAAAAAACGUCAAAAU